AUGACUGUCGAGAUCAUUGAGCUCAAACAAGAGACUGGGCUGUCCUCAAUCGCUUUUUGUUUCUGCGAGAUAAUCAACGAUUUUGGAAAAGACACAGAGGAGAUUGCGAUGGAUUCGACUUGGAAAACUAAUGCAGCGGGAUAUAAGCUGUAUGCAAUUGUUGCUGAAGCAAAUGGCACCGCUCUACCACUCGCAUUUGUCUUCACUACAUCGACAGGUGACGAUGCUGCAGAGGGUGCCAAAGACCGAAUGCUUCAACAGGUUCUGGGUGCAGUCUCUCGAAAAUGUCCAAAUAUUCAGUUCGUGCACACAGACAAAGACAUUAGUGAAAUUAAUGCCGCUAAAACCGCAUUACCUGGUACCAAACAUCAGCUUUGUAUGUGGCACAGUCCUCGAUAUGUGAAGGAGCGACUCGCAGAGGACAAGCGGCCUGCUCAUUACGAUCCUCGCAAAGCACACAUGGUCUUGGACUUUAUUGACCCUACCUGGGCACCUGGGAUUGAUCGGAUUCAAGAAGAUGCUUCUCAGCAUGAACAAAACGACUCGGAGCAGGAGGAGGAUAGCAACAAUGUGAACGGUCCAACUAAGACACUGCUUCCUCCGAUAUUCGUUCUUACUCAGGGCGACAUCCGUCAUCCAAUCUAUCCGAACCCACCUAAGGCUCGGAAGACCGAUCUGGGAGUAUUCUGUCCGCCAGAACAUUGUGAUGUCACUCUCGACCUCUACAAGAUGCACGGUAGACUACAUCCGGAGAUUCCGGUGUACGAGCCGGAUGAUCCAGACUCAGAGGAGCCAAAUCCAUUUCUCUCCGCCGACGCUAUCUAUAAGUCUGCUGUGUACAACAUGUACUUCCACUGCUUCGAUCUGGAUCUCUUGCAGCUCUGGGCGUAUAUGUGGAACCGGUGGUACUCCCCCGCUCAGUGGAAACUCUGGGCGCGAGCAUCAGAGCCGACAAUCCCACGUAUCAAUACCACAAUGAUUGUCGAGAGCCUCUGGAAACACGUGAAGCAUCGGGAUCUCGCAGAAUUUAAUCGACCGCGACUUGAUUUGGUUACCCACGUCAUAAUCCUUAACCUUCUUCCUCGAAUCAAGCGGAACCUGGACAGCAUUCGCAAAAUGCGCCGUGCUGGACGUGGCCCGACUCUUGUUGGGUGGCAGAAGGACUUCCGUGCUACGUGGGUCGAUCUCAGCAAGUCAGAUGAUCAUUGCCUCACCGAAAAACAACUGCGCUGGCUUAGGAAGCCGAAGAAUACCAAGAAUCGGGAUGAGAGGCUCGCCCAGUUGGAUCAAGAGAGUAAGCGCACUCAUGGCACAUAUUUCACAUAUGUGGACAAAUGGGUCUGCAGUUGUUCCGCUUUCUUGAUGAGCCGUUUUUUACUCUGCAAGCACCUCGUUCGGGAAGUUAACCAGACUUUGAGCAACAGCCCUCUUCGAGAUCUGGCUCUUUUUGCGAACUUGCGGCGCAAUCACUUCCCUCCUUACUACGUGAUUCCCGGGAUCCACGAUAUUGAAGAGAACAAACCCGAGCCUGUGUUGAAGCUUGUUUGUAUUAGCGACUAUCACAGUAUGUAG